UGUGUGGGAAAGAGAGAAUUAAAUAAUAAAGCAAUUACUAUAUAACUUGCAAUUCAUAACAAAGCCAAUAGGCAUAUUAUUACACUAACAUUUCCAUCAAACUUUUUUCCAAGACUUGAGUUUUAGAGAGAGAAAGCUCAAGAAUCCAAAAAUCUCCUCACCAACAAACAUUUUUGAGAUCUUUCUUGCCAAGUAGAGAGAGAAAAUUCUACCUACCAAUCUAGCCAUGUUGGGGAGGACAUCAAAACCGGUGAUCGGAAUUCUCACCGGAUCAUUGCUCUCCGGCAACAAGUCCGGCACGGCGGAGGUCGCCGUCAGCCCGAGAAGUCCGACGGAGUCCAGGAAUCACUCACCCAGAGGACUCAAAAGCUUCGAUUUUGGUGGGGUGGGAUUGGGUAUAGUGGCCGCCCUAGAAAACUCCGCCGGCGGCCGGAACGAAAUUCCGGCGUUGUUCGGCCGGAACUUGGGGAGAUCCAGUCCGAUUCCGGUGGUUAAUUCACCGAGAAACAGACGAGGAUCGGACGAAGCGGAGAUGGAGAGGAGUCUGGAGGAGUACACCAUAGUGACCUGCCACGGCCCCGACGAGUCGUACACGAAGGUGUACUCCGACGCGGCGGCGGACGGCGGCAGAAAGGGCGACGACAGGGCGCCUUUCAGAAUACAGACCAACGACAAGAGCAGCCGGGCAACCGUAUUCCACAUAUCUCCGGCGAGAUCUGACGCCGGGAUUCCGCCGUCGGAUUUUCUGAGCGCCUGCAAUCUGUGCCGGAAGAACCUCCACGGCAAAGAUAUAUACAUGUACAGGGGAGAGAAAGCAUUCUGCAGCACAGAGUGUAGGUACCGGCAAAUAGUGGUGGAUGAGCGCAAAGAAAAAUGCAGCUCUGAAGCAUCACGGCUGCCGGCGGCGGCGGCGGCGGCGGAAGUUGCAGGCUCGCCGUACGCUAAAGGACCGAUCUUUACAACUGGAAUUCUGGCGAUUUAAAUUAAUUAAAUUAGCCAAGAAAAGCAUAAAUAAGUUUGAUAAGACAUAAAUAUUAUAAAGUAUAAUACACUAACGGUGAUGAGUAUGAAUUCCGGGAUGUAAAGUGUUACAAACACCAUUAAUACAUAUCAGAGAAAGCUCAACCUUUUCUUUCUUUUUCUUUUUUUUUUAAA